AUGGCGGCCCGGUCGUCGUGCUCAUUACUCCUGCUUGUCCUCGCCGGCGCUGCUGCCGGAAUACUUUCAGUUCACGGCGAUGGCACGCCGGAUAGCACAGUCAAAGCAAAGGUAACAACGCUGUAGCUAUUGCUCCGCGCAGGAUUCCUAAGCAUCGACUGCGGCCUCCCAGAGAAGAGCAGCUACGUGGACGCCGCCACCAAGCUGCCGUACGUCUCCGACGCCGGUUUCACCGACGCCGGCUACAACCGCAACGUCUCGGCCGAGUACAUCAACCCGUCCUUCACCAAGCGCUACCUCAACGUCCGCAGCUUCCCGGGCGCGAAGCGCAGCUGCUACACCCUGGGCUCCCUCACGCCGGGGUCCAAGUACCUCUUCCGCGCCACCUUCAUGUACGGCAACUACGACGGCCUCGGCAAGCAGCCGGCCUUCGACCUCCACCUCGGCGUCAACUUCUGGCAGACGGUGAGGAUCGCCGCCGCCGACUCCCCGGAGAUCGCCGAGGUCAUCGCCGUCGUCCAGGGCGACUCGGCGCAGGUCUGCCUGGUGGACGUCGGCUCGGGGACGCCGUUCAUCUCCGGGCUGGACCUGAGGCCCGUGAAGGGUGCGCUGUACCCGCAGGCGAACGCGACGCAGGGGCUGGUCCUGCACGCGAGGCGCAACUUCGGGCCGGACGAGGUCGCGGUGGUCAGGUACCCGGACGACCCGUACGACCGCGUGUGGUUGCCAUGGAGCGACCCGGCGGAGUGGAAGGAGAUCUCGACGGCGGAGGCCGUGAAGGGCGUCGUCGGCAGCCUAUUCGAGGAGCCGUCCACCGUGAUGCAGACCGCCAUCGUCCCCCUCAACGCCUCCAAGAGCAUCGAAUUCUCCUGGGACGCCGAGCCUAGCCACGUGUAUCCCGACCCCGGGUACAUCUGCAUGCUGCACUUCGCCGAGUUGCAGCGCCUGGACAGCAACGCCACUCGCCAGUUCGACGUAACAAUCAAUGGCGUUCCUUGGUACCACGCAUACACGCCCCUCUACCUCACAUUCGACACCAUCUACAGCGGAGGGCUACACCGGAGUUCCAGCAACUACAGCAUCUCAAUAAGAGCCACGGCGAACUCGACGCUGCCGCCGACUGUCAACGCCGCCGAGGUUUUCAACGUCAUCUCCACAUCCAGUGUAGGCACCGAUGUUCAGGAUGUUGCUGCCAUUACGGCGAUCAAGGCCAAUUAUCAGGUGAAGAAGAAUUGGAUGGGUGACCCCUGCGUUCCCAAGACACUCUCGUGGGAUGGGUUGAGCUGCAGCUACGGAAUUUCCAGUCCCCCAAGAAUCGAAUCAGUAAACCUUUCAUUCAGCGGGUUGAGCGGAGAUGUUUCAUUUUACUUUGCCAAACUCAAAGCACUCAAGUAUUUGGAUUUGUCACACAAUAAGUUGACAGGCUCAAUUCCUGAUGUCCUCUCACAGCUGCCCUCUCUCAUGGUCAUAGAUUUGACAGGCAAUCGGCUCAAUGGAUCAAUCCCGCCCGGACUUCUCAAAAGAAUUCAAGAUGGUUCCAUAUCUAUGAGGUAUGGUGACAAUCCAAAUCUUUGCAGCAAAGGCGAUUCUUGUGAGUCCGGAAAAAAGAAGAGCAACUCAAUGCUUGUCCUCUACAUUGCUAUUCCAAUAGUGGUGUUUGUGGUGGUAGGAACACUAGCAUUGCUGUUUUUCUUCAUGCGAAGAAAGAAAGGUGAUACUGGCAUUAACAUACGUAAACCGUUAUUUAGCGUGAAGCCGCGGGACGUCGACGACCUGCAACUGAAGAACCGGAGGUUCACGUACAGCGAACUGAAGGCCAUGACGAACAACUUCCAUCAGGAGCUCGGCAAGGGAGCUUUCGGGAUAGUCUACGAUGGCUUCUUGAAAGAUAAAACUCGCGUGGCAGUAAAGUUGAUGUCUGAAUCGUCCAAGCAAGGUGUUGGAGAAUUCCUGACAGAGGCUGAGUCCUUAACAAAGAUUCAUCACAAGAACAUUGUGACCUUGAUCGGUUACUGCAAGGAUAGCGGGUGUAUGGCCCUUGUCUAUGAGUACAUGUCCGGAGGAACCCUAAAAGACAAACUAAGAGGUAGGGAUGACAGCACUGGACCGUUAACCUGGAGGCAGAGGCUGCGCAUCGCACUGGAUUCCGCGCAAGGGCUCGAGUAUCUGCACAAAGCGUGCAGCCAGCGCUUCGUUCAUAGGGACGUGAAGACGGCGAACAUCCUGUUGGAUGGAAACCUCGAUGCUAAGAUCGCCGAUUUUGGCCUGCUGAAGGCUUUCCAUCGCGACGAGGACACCCAUAUAUCCCAGACAAGGAGUUUUUACGCGCCACCACUAAUUUCGCUCGCAUGCGCAGUGAAGCCAUCAUCGCUGAGAACAAUGGCGGCAAGGUCGUGGUCGCUGCUUCUUUGCCUCGCCGCCGCCGCCACCGUCGGCGUGCUCAAAGCUCUCGCCCAGCCGGACAGCAUAGGUUUCAUCAACAUAGACUGCGGCCUGCCGGGGACGGCGAACUCCGUGGACGACGCCACCAAGCUGUCCUACGCCCCGGACGCCGCCUUCACCGACGCCGGCUCCAACAGCAACAUCUCGGCCGAGUACGUCACGCCGCAGCUCGCCAAGGGCUUCCACAACGUGCGCAGCUUCCCCGACGGGGCGCGCAACUGCUACACCCUCCGGUCCCUGGAGGCUGGGCUCAAGUACCUCGUCCGCGCCUUCUUCAUGUACGGCAACUACGACGGCCUCAGCCGGCCGCCCAUCUUCGAGGUCCACGUCGGCGUCAACUUCCUGAGCACGGUGAACGUCUCGGACCCGGGCGCCACGGGGAUGCUGGAGGCCAUCGUCGUCGUUCCCGACGACUUCGUUCAGGUUUGCCUGGUGAACAUCGGCUCCGGGACGCCGUUCAUUUCCGCACUGGAACUGAGGCCCCUCAAGAGGAAGCUCUACCCCCAGGCCAACGCGACGCAAGGCCUGGUCCUGCUUGGCAGGGCCAACUUUGGUCUGACGAGUGCUUCAGAGUCGGCCAUCAUCAGGUGAGCAUGCACCCCCCCCCCCACCCCCCACCAUGUAAUUAACACUGAAACACUGCAUUGGGUAUCUGAUGACUACGACUGCAACCACAAUUAACACCAUCGAUUUUUCAGGUACCCUGAUGAUCUGCAUGACAGGUUGUGGAUGCCUUCCGUCGACGCCACCAGCUGGGCCGUGAUCUCGACGGCCAAGAAGGUGCAGAACAUAAACAACGACCUGUUCGAGGCGCCGUCCAAGGUGAUGCAGACGGCGAUCACGCCGCGCAACGCCUCCGACAACAUCGAGCUCUUCUGGGAGCCCAGCCCGCUGCCCAGGGACCCGUCUCUGGGGUACAUAGCCAUCAUGCACUUCUCCGAGCUGCAGGAGCUGCGCGGCGCCGUGCGCCAGUUCUACAUCAACUUUAACGGCCGGUACGUCGACGUCUUCACAACGGAGCUGCUCUACUCCGAGGCCACCUACAACGUCAUCCCCAUAAGGGGCUACACGCGGUACAACGUCUCCCUGAACGCUACCGCCAACUCGACGCUGCCGCCGAUCAUCAACGCCAUGGAGGUUUUCUCCCUCAUCCCCACCACCAACGUCGGCACCGACUCCAUGGACGUGUCCGCCAUUACGGCGAUCAAGGCGAGGUAUCAUGUGCGGAGGAACUGGAUGGGUGACCCGUGCUUUCCCAAGACUCUCGCUUGGGAUGGGUUGACCUGCAGCUACGCCGUUUCCAGCGCUCCAAGAAUCACAAGUUUGGAUCUGUCAAACAAUAACUUGACAGGCUCAAUCCCUGACGCCCUUUCAAAGUUAACUUCACUUGUAGCACUAGAUUUGACGGGAAACCAACUCACUGGAUCAAUUCCCUCUGGGCUUCUCAAAAAGCUUGAAGAUGGCUCCCUGAAUUUGAAGUACGGAAACAAUCCACGCCUUUGCACCGAUGGCAAUUCAUGCCAGUCCGUGAAAAGGGGGAGCAAGCUAACGGCCGUCUACGUUGCUGUCCCUGCUGUCCUAGUUGCGGCGACAGUGGUGGCACUGCUCCUUUGCAUCAGAAGACGAAAAAAGCACGGACCGAUGGACAGCUCCGUGAAGCCGCAGAUCGUCGAUGGAAACAGCUCACUGCUGCAACAUAAGAACCGUCAGUUCACCUACAGCCAACUGCAGACGGUAACCGACAACUUCCAGCGUGUGCUCGGCAAGGGAGGCUUCGGCUACGUCUACGAGGGCUUCUUGGAGGAUCGCACUCAGGUUGCGGUCAAGUUGCGGUCGUCUCAGGCAUCCGACGGAUCCGACCAUGGAGUCAAGCAGUUCCUCGCAGAGGUUGAGAUCUUAACACGGAUUCAUCACAGGAAUCUCGUCUCCUUGAUUGGUUACUGCAAGGACGGAGAGCACAUGGCGCUUGUCUACGAGUACAUGCCGCAGGGCACCUUGCAACAACACAUUGCAGGAAACGGCGGGAGAUGCUUAACCUGGAGGCAGAGGCUCAGGAUCGCACUAGAAUCAGCACAAGGGUUGGAGUAUCUACACAAGGGUUGCAACCCACCUCUCAUUCACAGAGAUGUGAAGUUGGACAACAUCUUACUGAACGCGAGACUUGAGGCCAAAAUUGCUGAUUUUGGCCUGUCCAAGACUUUCAACCAUGACAACGCUCAAGUAGCCACGAAUACGAUCAUUGCUGGCACAUAUGGGUAUAUGGAUCCAGAGUAUCGGAGAACAGGCAAGCCGACAACAAAGAGCGAUGUGUACAGUUUCGGCGUCGUGCUGCUGCAGCUGGUCGCGGGCAGGCCAGCCACGCAGCGGGACCCAGAGCCCACCAGCAUCGUCCAGUGGGCCCGGCCGCUGCUAGCGCAGGGUAACAUCGAGGCCGUCGCGGACCGGCGCAUGCGCGGCGACCACGACAUCAACGGCGUCUGGAAGGUCGCGGACGUCGCGCUGAGCUGCACCGCGCAGCAGCCGGCGCAGCGGCCCUCCAUGACCGAAGUGGUGGCCCAGCUUCAGGAGUGCCUCGAGCUCGAGAAGGGGGGCCGCGCCGGCGGCGACACGAGCGGCAGCUUCUACACCGCCGGCAGCGGGGACUACCCGUACUCCGGUCACACCAUGUCCGCCGCUCGUAACUCCGGUGUCGUGAGCCAGGAGAGUAGCUCUGCUUACGAGAUGGAGGUGGAGCAUAAUCUGGUGGGCAGGGUGCCAACAAUGCCCACAGGCCCAGCACCACGAUGAAGACUUUUGUUACCUCGUACGGUCUUCUUACCUCUU